GUUAAGUUGCGUCGUCUAUUGUGGUGCGAUGCGCUGUAUGUUCCGGGUGUGCGAUUGAGCUUCAUGUUUGUUUCUUUUUUGUUCACAGACACCUUUUCAUCAACAACUGGCAUGACUAUCGGCGCACGGUCGGUGGCUCUAGCGAAGGGGAGGGUGCGUUCCAAUCGGCUGGCAGGACACAGAUCGGAUCGGUUAGGACAGCGAUCGGCAUAGUACGGCUCGCGACCUGCAUGUGGCUAUUUGUUGACUAGAUGCCUCUUCAAGUGCAAAUCUAUGAACAUGUUUAGAAGACUUGGCUCUUUCGGUCGCAACGUUUGCCGAGUCGCUGGGGAUAUUGGAUUGUAAGGAAUGAAUAUACUGUCCGCAGGAACCAGAUGAUGACAUCACCAAGGAGCUACUGCGCUAAAGCUUAUCAGGAGGAGGCGAGAAUGGUUUGACUUUGGCACAGCUCCCACGUAUCAUCCAUACCACACCAAAUCACUAUGGCGCAGCCGUGAAUAUGUACAACGUUAUCCUGCUCGGGUUGGAUGGUGACGGUCUCCCGCUCGGUAUAUCUUGACGGCAGUAUAACGCAAGGCAAGUAUACAUAUAGUUUCAGUACGUUUAAUAAGUACAUUCCUUCGCUUCCACUCACACUGAUAGCACGUACUACAUCUCGCUCCGCGUUUUUUGCGUUUUGUGCACUUAUUUUCGCAAAUCCCGAUCUGGUUCUAUCAUUGCACUGUGUUCUGAUUAUCAGUUGUGCAAGCCUCAAUAAACUGUUCAUAUACUCAAGUGCUCGAAGCCUGUAUAAGUGAUAUAAAGUGUAUACUCCUAGGCGCGGUGAGCCUAUUGAACCGUCAUGGCUGAUCACUGUUUGACCUGCGCCCGUGCUUCGUCAUCCGAGGAACUUACUUACACUUGCGACGGCUUCUGCAAGCGAUGGGCUCAUCGUUCGUGUCUUGGUGUGAGUAGUGCCGCAGUCAAGGAUCUCAUCAAAGAAGAUUCUCAAAUUCUGUGGCUUUGCCACAAUUGUUCGGAGAAUCGCCGCAACGGACACUCAGUGAUGAUUGCUGAGCUAACGGCGGCACUCACCGAUCUCAAAUCUCAGCUGUCAGCUGAGUUCCAAACACGUAUGGAUGCUGCCGCGGAAUCGCUAAAACGCACGAUGCUAUCCUCACUCGAUCAACACACAGAUACUCGUCCUGCUUCACACACUUCUACAUUCACCAUUCAACGCAAGACAUCGACAUCCAAAGCACCAGUUCUUUCGUCAACACCAGUCACCGAACUUAGCAACCCGGCAAAACGUCGUUUAAUGGACCGUUCUCCGCCGUCCGUUGUCGCCACCUCCCCGCUUCUAAAUGGCACCGCACCCAUCGCCACUUCAGCUCAUGCCACAUUGCUCCUACCACCAGAAACGCCUAAAUUCUGGUUGUACCUGUCUCGCUGCCGCCCGACAGCCACAAUCUUAGAAGUGGAGACUUUCGUCAAGGAGCAAAUCGGCAUCGAGGAUGUCACCGUUUUUAAGCUGGUGCCACUUAACCGCGAUGUCCGCACUCUGACUUUCUCUUCGUUUAAAGUCGGUUUGACGCCGGAUUAUACGGAGAAAGCAUUAUUAUGCUCAUCGUGGCCGAUCGGAACUGUCUUCAAAGAGUUCACGGAUCGUAGGAAUGCUCCUAUUUCUACAUUGUCGGCAAAUCUCCUAACCACUACCACUACAGCACCAACAAAUACACACGCACCUGUCACCACAAACACUGAUGUAUCUAUUCAUAUGGAAACAAACCACAACAUUACUGCCUCCACCAACAACACUGCAGUCUCGACGUCACCUCCUCGAUCAUCACAGCAGCAAUAG